GUGCAAGAGCAACGAAACUGAUCAUCUGAUCAAGCCUCCCUCGUACAUCAGCAUCGCACCAUUCUUUCUUCUGCGUCUUCCUUCCUCAUCAUCAAAUCAUGUUUUGCUUAGGUCACCCUUCUUCCACGUCUGCUCCCACAUUUAACUUUACACGUCUAGCAGCUAACCAAGUGCCUGUAGAUUAUUCCGUCAGCUUCACCUCCCCUCCCCAUCUCCGGUCAUCCACUACUCCGCCACCGGCUUCAUGCACCAUCAAUUCCUUCCCUGUCAAAAGCACGCGACCAGCUUCCUUGGUGAGCAUGGUCAAGGGAAAGUGGCCAUCUGAACCGAAACGAGCUUUGGUGGCGACAAGGGCAGCAACGUCAAUGCAGAAGGAGAGAGUGGUGGCUGAAGAGGAGGAUGGCCCUGGUCUUGGGAUCGUGGAAUUCCUCAAAUAUAGGAACAUGCUUAUCACAGGGUCAACCGGCUUUCUUGGAAAAUUGAUUGUGGAGAAGAUACUCCGGAGUCAGCCUGACGUUGGCAAGAUUUUCCUUCUCAUUCAAGGACCAAACCAAGAGGCUGUUAAUGAAAGAUUAAAGAACGAAAUAAUCAACUCUGAUCUCUUCAAGCGUUUGAAGGGAAUCUACGGGGGUUCCUACGAAGCUUUUGUGCUAAGCAAGCUGGUCCCGAUAGUUGGACAUCUUGAGGAGGACUCACUGGGAAUUGAUGAAAAAUUGGAGAAAGAUAUCGCGGAACAAGUUGACGUAAUUGUAAGCUGCGGUGCGAGCACAAGGUUCGAUGAAAGGUACGAUGUUUCUAUGAAUACUAACACUAAAGGAGCAUCAGAGCUCGUGAAGCUCGCAAGAACAUGCAGGAAACUUCAGGUCUUCUUGCAUGUCUCCACAGCUUAUGUGAAUGGAACGAGAACUGGGCUGAUAAAGGAAAUACCGUUCGUCUUGGGAGAUAGCUUAGCAAGGGAGGAAGCCAUGGCAACAAGAUCUGAGGAAAUUCCACCCAUCUUGGAUAUUGGAGCAGAAGUCGACAUAAUAAACGACACUCUGAAAGGGCUGGAGGAAAACAAGGCAACUUCAAGAAUGAAAGAGUUGGGUCUCAAAAGGGCAAGUAUCCAUGGUUGGCAAAAUGUUUAUUCUUUCACAAAAGCAAUGGGUGAGAUGGUGAUAGGAACCAUGUCAAAAGACAUCCCAACAGUCAUUGUUCGGCCUACAGCUAUAGGUAGCACCCUCCUUGACCCAUUUCCGGGGUGGAUUCAAGGACUCAGGAUGGCAGACCCGAUGGUUGUCUAUUAUGGGAAAGGCCAACUAAACAUGUUCACAGCAGAAGGAAAAUCGACCCUGGACAUGGUGCCAGCAGAUAUGAUUGUGAAUGCAAUCUUGGCUGCAAUGGUAAGGCAUGGAUCAUCAGGUGUUGCUGGGCUGACUAUUUAUCACAUUGGAACAAGUUCCACAAAUCCCCUGCGAUGGGAUGAGUUUUUCAAUUACUGUUAUGAGCACUAUCUUUCCUUUCCGUUGAUUGAUUCACAAGGAAAAGCUGCCCAUAUGGAGAGAAUGAAGCUCUUCGACUCGCUGGCGGCCGUAACUUCAUAUUUGUCUGCUGGGGCAAACAACGCCUGCUCAACAGCGGUAAAGGGCAUCCACCUUUUAAGGAAGUUAUCGGUGGUAUAUGAACCAUAUACCAAUUACAAAGGAUGGUUUGACAUUACAAAUGCAAAAAAAUUGAUGAAGAAAAUGUCGAUAGAGGAGAGAAGAGACUUCAUGUUGAAUGUAGCGGCAAUUGAAUGGAAGGACUACAUUGUAAACGUGCACAUUCAUGGGCUCCGGAAGCAUGUUAUCAAGCGCUCUUCUUGAGCAAAAUACACGACACCUUUUAUGGCCAUGGUAGGAUGGGCAUAGAUGCCUAAAGGAAUGCCUCAUCUGUUCUCUGUGUCAGCAUGUUUCUGUAUGUCUGUGGAUGCCUCUUGAGUGUCGUAACAUAUGUUUAUGCAUGCAUAUAUUGAUAUAUUAUAUAAAUAGUGUCCAACGUGGUUACUUUUGAAGAAACAACAAAUCGAUGUAUCUUUACUUACAGUGCCGCAACCAGAUGUUGCAGAAGCCUAUGUUUCUUUUGUUGAUCAUCGUUAUAAAUAAAACAAACACUUGGA